UUAUCUAACAGUUCAAGUACAGUUGAUAUAGUGGAAGCGCAGUCAAAAUAUGGUUUUUGGGGGUGGAAUUUGUGGCGUCAACCCAUCGGGUUUAUCGUUUUUCUAAUUUCUUCUCUAGCCGAGUGUGAAAGAUUACCUUUUGAUUUACCAGAAGCAGAAGAAGAAUUAGUAGCAGGGUAUCAAACCGAAUAUUCAGGUAUCAAAUUUGGUUUAUUUUACAUUGCUUCAUAUCUGAAUCUACUAGUUUCUUCAUUAUUUGUAACAGUUCUUUACUUGGGAGGUUGGAAUCUUUCUAUUCCGUACAUAUUUGUUCCUGAGCUAUUUGGCAUAAAAAAGGGUAAAGUCUUUGGAACACUAAUUGGUAUCUUUAUCACAUUAGCCAAAACUUAUUUGUUUUUGUUCAUUCCUAUUGCAACAAGAUGGACUUUACCGAGGCUGAGAAUGGACCAACUAUUAAAUCUUGGGUGGAAAUUUCUUUUACCUAUUUCUCUAGGUAAUCUAUUAUUGACAACUUCGUCCCAACUUCUUUCACUGUAAAAGACCACAAUAUUCUAGAUUCACGACUUGUCUCAAACAAGAGAAAGAAACAAGCAUAAAAUCUUUUUUAUAGAUAUUCUAAAUAUGCUCCCUAUGAUAACUGAAUUCAUAAAUUAUGGUCAACAAACAAUACGGGCCGCCAGAUACAUCGGCCAAGGUUUCAUGAUUACCCUGUCCCACGCAAAUCGUUUACCUGUAACUAUUCAAUACCCCUACGAAAAAUUGAUCACAUCGGAACGUUUCCGAGGCCGAAUACACUUUGAAUUUGAUAAAUGCAUUGCUUGUGAAGUAUGUGUGCGUGUAUGUCCUAUAGAUUUACCCGUUGUUGAUUGGAAGUUGGAAACUGAUAUUCGAAAGAAACGAUUGCUUAAUUACAGUAUUGAUUUUGGAAUCUGUAUAUUUUGUGGUAAUUGCGUUGAGUAUUGCCCAACAAAUUGUUUAUCAAUGACCGAAGAAUAUGAACUUUCUACUUAUGAUCGUCACGAAUUGAAUUAUAAUCAAAUCGCUUUGGGUCGCUUACCAAUGUCAGUAAUUGAUGAUUACACAAUUCGAACAAUUUCGAAUUUACCUCAAAUAAAAAAUGAAUAAACCUUUAAUUCGAUUCUAAAAAAAUUCCGAAUUACGAAGGCUUAGUUCGGAUCUAAAAGAAUGAGAUUUUUGCUUGGUCAAUUCAAACUAGUGGUUGGUUAACGAGACUCCUAGCUUAAUUUAGAUUGAAAACAAAACCGAUUUCUAUAUUAUAGUUAUAAUAAUAGUAAUGGUUUCAAAGUAGAUAAAUGAUAUCAAAAAUAGAUAGGUUUAAACUACUCUUUCGACGAAUAAAGAAUUGAUAGUGGUCCAAUAAAAUAAAAGCAUCUACGUCAACUCAUACCCAUUACAAUUUCAUUCAAUUAAUAAGAAGUAUCAUAAAAAAUAGAAAAACUUCUUUUUUCCUGGUCAGGUCAAUAAAGUCAUGAAAUUCUUCGUUUUUGAUUUUUUAUAAAAAAUGGAUUUAUCUGAACCAAUACAUGAUUUUCUUUUAGUCUUUCUAGGAUCGGGUCUUAUAUUAGGGGGUCUAGGGGUGGUAUUACUUCCCAAUCCAAUCUAUUCUGCCUUUUCCUUGGGAUUGGUUCUUGUUUGUACAUCGUUAUUCUAUAUUCUAUCUAACUCCUAUUUUGUAGCUGCUGCGCAGCUACUUAUUUACGUAGGAGCUAUAAAUGUUUUAAUCAUUUUUGCUGUGAUGUUCAUGAAUGGUUCAGAAUAUUACAAAGAUUUUCAUCUUUGGACCGUAGGAGACGGAAUUACUUCGAUGGUUUGUAUAAGUCUUUUUAUUUCACUAAUUACUACUAUUUCAGAUACGUCAUGGUACGGGAUUAUUUGGACUACAAGAUCAAACCAGAUUAUAGAGCAAGAUUUUCUAAGUAAUAGUCAACAAAUUGGAAUUCAUUUAUCAACCGAUUUUUUUCUUCCAUUUGAAUUGAUUUCAAUAAUCCUUUUAGUUGCUUUAAUAGGUGCAAUUGCUGUAGCUCGUCAAUAAAAAAUUUCUAUUAAAACUUGGAAUUCAAAUAGAAUUUUGUUCUGUCUUAUCACAUUCAUUUUCCUUCAAUUCUAUUUGAAUUCCAGCUCUCUAAAUAGAAAGACUUUAGGUCAAUCUAGUACCAAUAUAUUUCUUUGUUCCAUACUUGUUAUAUACUAGUCAAUUAAAUUGGUUGAAUUGUUGUUCAUAUUGAAAGAGUCGAGAUUGAUAAGGAGUUGUUUAAUGAUUCUCGAACAUGUACUUGUUUUGAGUGCCUAUUUAUUUUCUAUCGGUAUCUAUGGAUUGAUCACAAGUCGAAAUAUGGUUAGAGCCCUUAUGUGUCUUGAACUUAUAUUGAAUGCGGUUAAUAUAAAUUUUGUAACAUUUUCUGAUUUUUUUGAUAAUCGUCAAUUAAAAGGAGACAUUUUCUCAAUUUUUGUUAUAGCUAUUGCAGCCGCUGAAGCAGCCAUUGGACUGGCUAUUGUUUCAUCAAUUUACCGUAACAGAAAAUCAACUCGUAUCAAUCAAUCAAAUUUGUUGAAUAAUUAGUAUUAAUCAUCUAGAUUCUAAUAUUGAUAAAUCAAUUUUCAUUAGCAUGUUUGCUACGUAAGGUAUGAUCUUGUUUGCAAAACAUAAGAAAUCAAAGUAUUUUGGCCUCUCUCAUAUCUCAUAAACCAAUCCAGAAGGGGGUUGAUUCGAAAAUUAUGAUAACUCAUUGAUUCAUCUGGUAUCUAAAUAUAUGAUUCGUUUCUAAGUUUACUAGAUCGAAAAU